AUAUAUACACACACACAAAUAUUUAUAUAGCACACUCAUGAGGUUCUAAUAAAUAUAUAAGAAGGAAGAGCUUAAAAAAGAAAAAAAAAGACAUGGGUUCUCCCAAGAACGAAAUAAAGAUGGAGAAAAGUGGAGAGAGAAGAAUGAUGAGUAGUAAUAGUUCAAAUUUGAUGAUAAUUUUUAGAUAUGCAGAUUGGGUGGAUAUUUUGCUGAUGAUUUUGGGCACAGUUGGAGCUAUUGGAGAUGGAAUGUCUACCAACUGCUUGUUAGUCUUCGCCAGCAGUCUGAUGAAUAGCUUGGGAUAUGGUCCGAAUCAAAAAAAUCGUGGGAUUAAUUUCAUGGACGACGUUGAAAAGUGUAGUUUGAACUUCGUAUACUUGGGAUUAGCAGUAAUGGUGGUGGCUUUUAUGGAAGGUUAUUGUUGGAGUAAAACAAGCGAAAGGCAAGUUCUAAGGAUGCGUUACAAGUACUUAGAAGCUGUUCUAAGACAAGAAGUUGGCUUUUUCGAUUCACAAGAAGCUACCACGUCAGAGGUCAUCAAUAGUAUCUCCAAAGACACUUCUCUCAUACAAGAACUUCUUAGUGAAAAGGUGCCGAUUUUUCUGAUGCACUCCUCAGUGUUCAUAUCUGGGCUAGCUUUCUCCACUUUCUUCUCAUGGAGACUUUCCUUAGUAGCAUUCCCAACGUUGCUCGUUUUAAUCAUACCGGGAUUGAUUUAUGGCAAGUACCUUGUCUACUUGUCCAGAAAGUCUCACAAGGAGUAUGGCAAAGCAAACGCCAUAGUGGAACAAGCUUUGAGUUCAAUUAGAACGGUUUACUCGUUCACUGCUGAGAAGAGAAUUGUGGAGAGGUACUCAACCAUAUUGGACAAAACGACGACGUUGGGAAUCAAACAAGGCAUUGCGAAAGGUUUGGCUGUAGGGAGCACAGGGCUGGCCUUUAUGAUAUGGGCGUUUCUUGCUUGGUAUGGGAGUCGUUUGGUUAUGUAUAAAGGUGAAAGUGGUGGAAGGAUCUAUGCCGCUGGAGUCUCAUUCGUCUUAAGUGGACUAUCUCUUGGAAUGGCACUCCCAGACCUGAAGUACUUCACAGAAGCCUCAGUUGCUGCUCAAAGGAUUUUCCAUAGAAUAGACCGGAUACCGCAGAUCGACGGAGAAGGCAUUAAAGGUCUUGUACUAGACAAAAUCAAAGGCCAACUAGAAUUCGAACAUGUCAAAUUCACCUACCCUUCUCGGCCAGACGCUGUUGUACUCAAAGACUUUAAUCUCAAAGUUGAAGCAGGGCAAACUGUUGCUCUUGUUGGUGCAAGUGGAAGUGGCAAGUCAACGGCCAUUGCAUUAGUCCAACGAUUCUACGAUGCAGAUGAUGGAGUUGUGAGGAUUGACGGUGUGGAUGUAAGAACACUGCAUUUGAAAUGGAUCAGAGGGAAAAUGGGACUUGUUAGUCAAGACCAUGCUUUGUUUGGGACAUCAAUAAAGGAGAAUAUCAUGUUUGGGAAGCUUGAUGCCACCAUGGAAGAGGUCACAGCUGCAGCCAUGGCUGCCAAUGCUCAUAAUUUCAUAAGGCAGCUACCAGAAGGGUAUGAAACUAAGAUUGGAGAGAGAGGAGCACUUUUAUCAGGUGGACAAAAGCAAAGGAUUGCCAUAGCAAGAGCCAUAAUCAAGAACCCUGCAAUUCUCCUACUUGAUGAGGCAACAAGCGCUCUUGACACUGAAUCAGAAACUCUGGUCCAAAAUGCCCUUGAUCAAGCCUCCAUGGGAAGAACCACCCUGGUUGUCGCACACAAGCUCUCAACGGUUCGAAACGCAGACCUAAUCGCCGUCGUAGGCAGCGGUGGGGUGAUCGAAAUUGGGUCCCACAACGACCUCAUCAACCAACAUAACGGUCACUAUGCAAAACUCGCAAAAAUGCAGAGACAAUUCAGUACCCUCGAAAAUAAUGACCAAGAACAAGAAGCUGCCGUCACGGCCGGCCGAGAAUCCUCCGUCGCGAGAAGCAGCGGCGGCGGUGGCCUAAGCACGGCGAGAUCGAGCCCUCUGAUCUUCGCCAUGUCGCCAAAUUCGACAGUCGAUCAGACCCCGGCUGUGGGACGCAAAAAAUCUCAAACCCCCCGGCGAGCUUCGUUCUCGCGACUCAUCUCAUUCAACUCGCCCGAAUGGAAGAACGGCCUAGUCGGUGGCCUUUCCGCCGUCGCCUUCGGGUCCGUACAGCCAACAUACGCCUUGACCAUAGGAGGGAUGAUCUCGGCUUUCUUUGCACCGACUCAUGAAGAGAUUCGGGGACGUAUCCGGGCAUAUUCCCUGAUCUUCUGCUUUCUCUCGCUCGUCUCCAUCGUUCUGAAUAUCCUCCAGCACUACAAUUUCGCCUUCAUGGGAGAGCGAUUGACGAAGCGGAUCCGGAUACGGAUGCUGGAGAAGAUCCUGACCUUCGAAACGGCUUGGUUCGAUCAGGAGAAGAACUCGAGUGGAGCGUUGUGCUCACGCCUCAGCAACGAGGCUUCCAUGGUGAAAUCCCUCGUGGCAGAUCGGGUCUCGCUCCUAGUCCAAGUCGCCUCUGCGGUGACGAUCGCCAUGGUGAUGGGUCUCAUCGUGGCGUGGAAGCUGGCUCUGGUCAUGAUCGCCGUUCAGCCAUUGACGAUCCUCUGUUUCUACACCCGAAAGGUCCUGCUGUCAGCCACAUCUGCAAACUUCGUCAAUGCCCAGAACCAGAGUACCCAGAUAGCCGUGGAGGCCGUAUACAAUCACAGAAUCGUGACCUCGUUUGGGAGCGUGGGAAAAGUGUUGGAGCUGUUUGAAGAAGCCCAAGAGGCGCCGAGGAAGGAGGCGAGGAAAAAGUCGUGGAUGGCCGGAAUCGGAAUGGGUUCUGCUCAGUGCUUGACGUUCAUGUCGUGGGCAUUGGAUUUCUGGUAUGGCGGUACUCUAGUUGAGAAGGGUGAAAUUUCGGCCGGUGACGUGUUCAAGACGUUCUUCAUCUUGGUGAGUACUGGUAAGGUUAUAGCCGAAGCUGGAAGUAUGACUUCUGAUCUCGCUAAGGGCUCAGCAGCCGUAGCCUCGGUUUUUGACAUCCUCGACCGCCAGUCACUCAUUCCAGUAUCUCACACUGACUCGGAUGAAAGUAGGGGAAGCAAAUUGGAAAAAGUAAUGGGAAGAAUAGAGAUGAAGAAAGUGGAGUUUUCAUACCCAAGUAGGCCAGAUAGUCUAGUGUUGCGGGAGUUCAGCUUAGAUGUGAAGCCAGGGACGAGCAUUGGGAUUGUUGGGAAAAGUGGGUGUGGUAAAUCAACGGUGAUUGGUUUGAUCCAAAGGUUCUACGAUGUAGAGCGAGGGUCGGUCAAAGUGGAUGGAGUUGACAUAAGGGAACUACAUAUCCAUUGGUAUAGGAAGCACACAGCACUGGUCAGCCAAGAGCCCGUAAUUUACUCUGGAACCAUACGUGACAACAUUUUGUUUGGUAAGCUUGAUGCCUCGGAGAAUGAGGUGGUGGAGGCUGCUAGGUCGGCCAAUGCUCACGAAUUCAUAUCGUCAUUGAAAGAUGGGUAUGAAACGGAAUGUGGAGAAAGAGGGGUGCAAUUAUCAGGAGGGCAAAAACAGAGGAUAGCAAUAGCUAGAGCUAUCAUUAGGAACCCUACCAUACUAUUGUUGGACGAGGCAACAAGUGCGCUAGACGUGCAAUCAGAACAAGUUGUCCAAGAAGCACUAGACCGAAUCAUGGUUGGAAGGACGACAAUUGUGGUGGCUCAUAGGCUAAACACUAUCAAAGAGUUGGACUCCAUUGCAGUCGUGGCCGAUGGAAAGGUGGUGGAGCGAGGGACCUAUACUCACCUUAAGCACAAGCGGGGUGCCUUCUUCAACCUUGUUAGCCUUUCAAACUUAGGUCCAACUAAUUAAAAUUAAACACUUAAUUAUAUAUUGUUAAUGUUGUCAUAUAGCAUAGCCAGAAAAAAGUUAGGUCUCUUUAGCCUAACAUUGAGGACAGGCAGCCUCAUUUUAUGUACAGUGGCCCAGAUGAUGUUAAGGCCGAAGUGAGAUAAGCUAUAGCAUAGAUAGACCAACUACUAUAGGUACCUAAACAGUUGGAGUAAGCUUCAGUGGGCUAGAAAGUAGAAACUGCUGCUUAUCUGGGCCAUGUUUUGUUUAGUCCAAAAUGAAUUGUAACUUAAUGAAAUAUGACUAUAUUGCCAUGUUCAAAACCAAGA